CAGGGGGCGGGGUCACGUCACUAUAGCAACGCACUAGAACACACAAACGGUAGAAACGCCCGCGCUUUGCGUGAAUUCUCGAACGUGCAGGUACCAAGCGGAAGGAGUAAGCGCGUGACAGCGAAAAGGCGAGGGGAAACCGAGUGCGCAUGUGCGGCGCAGGCUGUUGUUUGUAGUGUUUUCAACUGCGCUCUGAUGGGUUCAUUGUCCUCUGUUUGUUUCGAGUUAAAGAAAAAUACAUUCCAAAGCGGAAAUACAUUCCUGAAGCUUUUCAAAGUCAAAGUCGGCAGGGAAUAUAGGGCGAAGAGAAUCUGAUGGAGCGAUACGAGUCUUUGGGUCCAGUCGGGGAGGGCAGUUACGGCACUGUGCUCAAGUGUCGCCACCGGGAAUCUGGUCGCCUCGUUGCCAUCAAGAAGUUCAUAGACUCCGACGAUGACAAGACGGUGAAGAAGAUUGCCCUCAGAGAGAUCAAACUGCUCAGGCAACUCCGUCACGACAACCUGGUGAACCUCCUGGAGGUGUGGAAGCGCCGCCACCGCUGGUAUCUGGUGUUCGAGUUUGUGGACCGGACCCUUCUGAAUGAUCUUGAACAAAACCCCAGCGGGUUGGACCUGGACACCGCACGGCAGUACUUGUAUCAGAUACUGAGAGCAACGGACUUCUGCCACCAGCAAAACGUCAUCCACCGGGACAUCAAACCAGAAAACAUCCUCAUCUCUCACACGGGCGUGGUCAAACUGUGUGACUUUGGCUUUGCCCGCACCAUGACUUCCCCCCCUGAGAGUGCUGUCUACACCGACUACGUAGCCACUCGCUGGUACCGAGCCCCUGAACUAUUGGUGGGAGACAUCAAGUAUGGCAAACCUGUAGAUGUUUGGGCUGUCGGCUGUCUGAUAAUAGAGAUGCUAACAAGUCAGCCUCUGUUUCCUGGAGAGUCCGACCUCGACCAAAUACACCACAUCGUCCGAUGCUUUGGUAACCUGAUGACUCAUCACCAGGAGCUCUUCUACAGAAAUCCUGUCUUCUCUGGAGUAAAACUGCCAGAGAGUUCAGGGAGUGUCUCACUGCAGCAGCGAUUCCCAACAAUGCCAGGAGCAGGAAUCAGUCUAGCUCAGAGAUGCCUUGAGAUGGAUCCAGAAAGAAGAGCCCAGAGCUCAGAACUUCUACAGCAUCCUCUAUUCACACAAGACUCUUUCCACAUCAGGUUUUUGGAAGAGCUAAACGUUAAGAUCCAAAAAGAGCAAAGAGAGACCUCCACCCUUCCUAAGAUCACUAAAACUCCAAGAAGUGAAAGAGAUGAGAAACACAAUACUGGCAAGGACAAGAAACAGAAUAAAGAUGUGGAUGAGAGAACAAGCAAGGAAAAGAUGGAGAAGACCAAAGGAAAACCACCUUUGAAGAUUUUUAAAACACGAAAUACUUCAGAACCUCUGAUGUCCAAACAGUCCAAAACUGUAGGCAACAAGGGGACCCAUCAUUCUGUCAUGAAGAGUAAACAUGGAAAAGCUCACAGAGGGGAGUUUAACAAGGGCCUAGAUAGUUCCAAGUUAGUCAAAAUACAGAUUUUUGAGUCUCCAGAUGCAACUAAGACCCCAUCAAGCUUGAAGAACAAAAAUCCAGAGGCACCAACACCAAAACAUGCCGUGCACCCACAUAUAAAAGAUUUGGACAAUAGUGAGUCAGCCAUUGAUAAAAACCUAAUAACCAUCAAGACGUUGUCCAAAUCUGAGGCAAGUCAAGAGUUCACAAAGAGCUGGAGCAACAUGAACUUUAAAGUACCACAAUUGUUCACACCUUCAUCUCCAAAAACCUCAAUGGCUAAUGGGACAAACACAGGCAUUUCCCUCAAACCCUUACAGCUGUCAAACUUUGACUCUGCUCCGACAAUACCUUCAGGCACGAAGCUCAGCAGGGUCUGGCACCAGUCGAACCAACACCUCUCAGACAAACUGACAGCCGAUUUAGACCAAAGCAUGUCUGAAAGUCCAAAAGUCCUACAGUCGAACCUCAAGACACCAAAGACUACGUCCAACAGUUAUUCAAAGUCCUUCUGUUCCUCAAAGAAUGUGAGCUCAGAGUUUUCAGAGCAGUUAUCCUCAAAUUUGAUUGGUCUGGAUGGAAUCCGUAACCCUGCGGUCCCAUCCAAAAGAAUCUCAGCCCCGGCCACACCCAAAACUGGCCUCUCUUCAAAGACCUUGACUUCGGUCAGGGAACUUAAAGAGGAGAACCAUGGUCCGGACAAGAGUCAAUCCCCACACUUGAGUGUGAUGUGGUCUUCCUCUGGUCUUACAUCUUCAGGAGCCGCCACAAAAGACGGGGAUACUUCAAGUUCAGAGCCAAAUUCAAACCCUUCCGCUGGAACCACAAUCUCAGAUAAACAAGACAGUCUAGUUCUUCCUGCGUCCACACAACCAGACACUAAGCUUCCAAACAACCAAACCUCUGAAACCUCUGGAAGUUCAGAUGAAAGCAACAAGAAAAACGACGGUGAGUUUGAAUUUGGCAUAAAGUUCUUCAACGUUCCUCAUUCUAAGCACAACCAAACAAUACCUACUUGUUACCACAUGAGGUCUACUGUGACCCCCAACUUUCCGAAAACCACAUUGGUUUCUGAUGCCAGGAGGAGCAUCAACGUAGAGAAACUUGACACAACCACAGCAACCACAGCUGAAGACGUGACCUCCAUCCUUCCUGUAGAUCCCAAAACUUCAACCAGAGGCUUCGACCUUCACGACACCACAGCUUCUACAGACUUUCCUCCUCCACCGACGCCCUCAUCCACGCCUCUGCUGCUACCUCCAUCCCCCACAUGUCCCACCUCUGUUUUUGGAAUCAGCAACAACCCUGACUGUGAUCACCUCCGUCCUGGAAUCUACAAUCUGAGGUCUGCAGACAUUCCACGGGAUCACAUUCAACCAGUUGAUCCACUCCCACCGAGCUACGCCACGACAUCUGUCCUCCAUCAGGCGUCAGAAGACUUCUCAUCUAACCACCGUAACCUUGGUAACUGCAGCGCCACUCUGGCCAAGAACCAAUCACAAGGGAAUUUCCCAGAACUAAGGAGCUCAACGCUGCCGGAACUUCGAGGAAGAGACGGGAAACCCAGAAAAGGCUCGACUAAGGAUUCAUGGAAGAACUAAACCCCAGCUCCAUCAUCAGAAGCCCGGCAGGACAGUUUUCCCUUUAACACACUAAAAGCUGUGUUCUUAUUUUAACACAUUCUGAUUGUGUAUUCUCACUCCUGCACUGUACAGCAGCAUCCACGUGUCUGGGAAGCACAAACUGUUGGAAUUAUUUCAUUAAACUGAAAUACAUUGUUUUGUAUACAAAUAAUGUAUUUAAAUAUCUUAAAUUAGAUUUGUCAUAUUUUUACGUUUGUCCAGAGACCAAAAAAAAAAAGAUUUUAUACUGAAUGUUGAUGUUUUCCUUGUCUCCCUCAGUUUUGCAUGAACGUCUUUCAAAAGAAUA